AUGGCCCACCUUGACACAGACUCUACAACUUCAGAGGAGGAGGAAGACGACGAGGAAGCCUUCAUAUUCAAAAUUCUCUACAGCUGUUCGAGAAUAAGCAGCUUCGAAAAAACGCCACAGAAAUUCGUGCCUAUCGAUGCAAUCGACAGGGUGUUUGCCUACGGGGCUCAGGGAAUGAACGUCUCCCCUGAUCCACGCCAACGAGUUUUAAAGCUACUCGGUAAAGAUUCCAAUGCGGAAGAGGAGGGAUCGUUGCUGGAUUUCAUCGUAACCCGGGCUAAGAAACUGUUUAUCAUAUGCAUACGGACCCAUCAGUUCAAGAUUCAUACCAAGAUGACGAUGUUCAUGGAACAGAACUUUGAUGAUGGCCAAUUACCGAUCAAGAGCGUCAGGUCGACCAAGCCCGCAGAUACCCCGGAUGACCAUCCCUUCUCCAUCAUGAACAAAGCGUAUGCCAAAGGAAAACGUAGACGUUUGUGGAAGAUGAUGGACAUUGACGACUUCUUGGACUAUCAGUGGAUGUUCCUGGCGCCCAUUAUCUCGACGACCGCACUGCUACAAGAUUUCGGGCAGCGCACGAUGCCAUUCAUCUCCAGUGAAACACCACCUUCCUUCCGGGGUACCUUCAGCAUAACACCACCUUCUAGUCGCAUAAUCGCAGUCAAAGAAUUUAAGAAGAGCCAAGAAGACACCACAAGUCAGUGGGAAAAUGAAGUCAGAGUCCUUGAGAAGAUAAGGUUUUUUCGCCACGACCAUAUAGUUCGCUUUAUCACGGCUUUUCGACGUGGCGAAGGACAAAAUCUGGAUCAUUACAUCUGCUUCGAGUGGGCUAGUGGCGGCAAUCUUGCUGACUUUUGGGAGGCAGACCCACAACCGAGAUUGUCAGCACCUCUGCUUCAGGCCAUCAUCAUACAACUUCACGGUCUUGCACAAGCUUUGGAAACAAUUCACUACUUCAAGGGUUCAGAUGGCAUGAGCUCUGGAGAGUCGCUCAUACAUGGUGAUAUCAAACCGAGAAAUAUCCUGUGGUUCAAAGGCAACGGAGAGAUAGGUACCCUGAAGCUCGCUGAUUGGGGCGAGGCAAAGGCGUACGGUUCUGAUGCAGAUCGUAAGGCAAACACGGCAACACGUAACAAUACGACAGGAAAGUUUGGCACUCGUCGGUACGAGCCACCGGAGGUGGAGACCGGUAUGUCCAUCCAGGAUUCUGGCACGACAAAGACUGGUCGUUCACGACUAUACGACACCUGGUCUUUCGGAUGCUUCACCCUCGAAUUCAUCAUCUGGAUUCUUCACGGAACAGAGGGGCUCAAAUUGUUUCGUAUCGACAAUGUGGGAGACUAUAGCUUGUCGGACUCAUUCUAUGAGAUCAACCAAAAGAGGCUGGCUAAGGUGCAUGGCGUUGUGAGCCACUGGAUGGAUCACCUUGAAAGAGAUGCCAUUUGUCAGAGCGGAGCCUCUGCACUCGGUGAUCUUCUGGACAUCGUCCGGAAUGGGCUUCUCGUUGUUGCCCUUCCCGAAGGCGGUGGGAGUAUUCAAAGCCAGGUCACAACGUAUCCGCGAUUCAAACUUCUGGACCUUGAGCAGGCCAAGAGAACAGACACUGAGCCAGUGAUGGAUGAAUCGUCCAUAGUUGGACAUGCACCAGACGCUGAGGACGGACCGCUGAUCCACAUCACCAUUGCUUCAAAGGAUGAGGAAACGGCUGAUGGGGCCAAGUACAGUACUGUACUUCGGAGAAAGCAGCGGAAAGACUCCGCCUUAUCAGCAGUCGAUCUAGAGCGUUUCCGCGCCGUUGAGCUCGUCGAGAAUCUGGGUCGCAUAGCCCGAAGGGAACAAUCUGACAGUUACUGGUACCAGGACCUCCCACGCUGCCCCAUACCCCCAAAGUUUAGGGACAGAAUCUCCCAGAUAUCGAGUAAGAUACCACCCGGAAUGAGAGGGAACUAUGACUUGCCGUAUCUUGACCCAGAGGACUGGCAGCUACGUUCAGACAACGACUUCGCUGCGGAAAUGUUCGAACGACUCACCAAUGCUGGCGUAUUAGGCCCAUCAUCCCCGAUCAAAGUCACCGAACACCUGUGCAAGAAAUGUCAAGAAUUCCGGCGAGACCUUUGGAGCCCAUUCUUCACUAUCAUCUAUGAAACAAACUAUUACUAG